AAACAUGUAAGGUGGGAGGGAAGGAAGAAGGCCGACUUGUACACACUCACUCUUCACUUCGGAGAACCGAGGCUUGGGAUCCAAGAUGACAGACUCCAAAUAUUUCACCACUACCAAGAAAGGAGAGAUCUUUGAGCUGAAGGCAGAGCUCAACAGUGAUAAGAAAGAGAAGAAGAAGGAGGCUGUAAAGAAGGUCAUUGCGUCUAUGACCGUUGGGAAAGAUGUCAGUGCUCUGUUUCCUGAUGUGGUUAACUGCAUGCAGACGGAUAAUCUGGAGCUGAAAAAGCUGGUCUAUUUGUACUUGAUGAAUUAUGCCAAGAGCCAACCAGACAUGGCCAUCAUGGCAGUCAACACCUUUGUGAAGGACUGUGAGGACCCGAACCCUCUGAUCCGCGCUCUAGCUGUGCGCACGAUGGGCUGCAUCCGAGUGGACAAGAUCACGGAGUAUCUGUGUGAACCUCUGAGGAAGUGUCUGAAAGAUGAAGACCCUUACGUGAGGAAGACUGCAGCAGUUUGUGUCGCCAAGCUCCACGACAUUAACGCCCAGCUGGUAGAAGACCAGGGCUUCCUGGACACACUGAAAGACCUGAUCUCUGACUCCAACCCCAUGGUGGUAGCAAAUGCAGUAGCAGCUCUGUCUGAGAUAGCAGAGUCUCAUCCUAACAGCAACCUUCUGGAUCUGAACCCUCAGACCAUUAAUAAGCUCCUGACAGCCCUUAAUGAAUGCACUGAAUGGGGCCAGAUCUUCAUCCUUGACUGCCUGGCCAACUACACACCCCGUGAUGACCGCGAGUCUCAGAGUAUCUGCGAGCGUGUGACUCCACGACUGUCUCAUGCUAACUCUGCUGUGGUGCUGUCUGCUGUGAAGGUUCUGAUGAAGUUCAUGGAGAUGCUGCCGAAAGAUCUAGACUAUUAUGGCACUCUGUUGAAGAAACUUGCUCCUCCAUUGGUCACGCUGCUCUCUGCUGAACCUGAACUGCAGUAUGUUGCCCUAAGGAACAUAAACCUCAUCGUACAGAAACGGCCUGAAAUUCUAAAGCAUGAGAUGAAGGUUUUCUUUGUGAAAUAUAAUGACCCAAUCUAUGUCAAGCUGGAGAAGCUGGAUAUAAUGAUCCGCCUGGCGUCUCAGGCCAACAUUGCUCAGGUGCUGGCUGAGCUAAAGGAAUAUGCCACUGAAGUGGAUGUAGACUUUGUGCGUAAAGCUGUACGAGCCAUUGGCCGCUGUGCAAUUAAAGUGGAGCAAUCAGCAGAGCGUUGUGUCAGCACACUUCUUGACCUCAUUCAAACUAAGGUCAAUUAUGUGGUGCAGGAAGCCAUUGUGGUGAUCAAGGACAUCUUCCGCAAGUACCCCAACAAGUAUGAGAGCGUGAUUGCCACUCUGUGUGAGAAUCUGGAUUCUCUGGAUGAGCCCGAGGCACGAGCAGCUAUGAUCUGGAUCGUAGGUGAAUAUGCAGAGAGGAUUGACAAUGCCGAUGAGCUGCUGGAGAGCUUCCUGGAAGGCUUCCAUGAUGAAAGCACACAGGUGCAGCUGCAGUUGCUGACAGCUAUUGUGAAGUUGUUCCUGAAGAAACCCACCGAGACCCAGGAGCUUGUGCAACAAGUGCUCAGUCUCGCCACGCAGGAUUCUGAUAACCCUGACCUGCGUGACCGUGGCUACAUCUACUGGCGUCUGCUCUCCACAGACCCUGUGGCUGCUAAAGAGGUGGUUUUGGCUGAAAAGCCACUGAUCUCAGAGGAGACGGACCUGAUUGAACCCACCCUGCUGGACGAGCUCAUCUGCCACAUUGGUACUCUGGCUUCAGUCUACCACAAACCUCCCAGUGCUUUUGUGGAAGGCAGCCGUGGUGUUCAGCACAAGAGACUUCCUGCUCGUGCUGGCUCUGGCGAGAGUGCCGAGAGCCCUGAAGUUGGCCAGUCUGGAGCUUCUGAAGCUUCACCUGCAGUCAUUCCAUCACAGGGCGAUCUCCUGGGGGACCUGCUGAACCUGGAUCUGGCCCCGGCCACCACCACUGUCCCUUCAGUUCAGCCUUCAAUGCAGAUGGGAGCCAUGGACCUUCUGGGAGGUGGUCUGGAUAGUCUGCUGGGAGGAGACAUCGGUGGAAGUCCUUCGAUGGGUGCUGCUUUGGGGGCCCCUGCAGCCAUGCCUGCCGCUCUGAGCAAUGCUCCAGCUGUUGGAGGUGGAUUGGGAGACCUUUUUGACCUCGGCGGGGGUGUUGGCAUGCCAACGGGAUUCUAUGUUGCUCCUAAAACUUUGUUUUUACCAGCAAUGAAGGCUAAAGGGCUGGAGAUCUCUGGGACAUUUGCCCGACGCGGCGGCAUUAUUCAAAUGGAUCUGUCUCUCACCAACAAAGCCAUGAGCGUAAUGACUGACUUCGCCAUUCAGUUCAACAGGAACAGUUUUGGUUUGGCCCCUGCUGGCCCUUUGCAGGUUCUGACUCCUCUGACUCCGAAUCAGACAAUUGAUGUCAGUCUGCCUCUCGGCACAACUGGCCCCGUCAUGAAAAUGGAACCACUCAACAAUCUCCAGGUAGCUGUGAAGAAUAACAUUGACGUGUUCUACUUCAGCUGCCAGUAUCCUCUUAGCCUGCUCUUUGUAGAGGACGGAAAGAUGGAACGUCAAGUGUUUCUGGCCACCUGGAAGGACAUCCCAAAUGACAACGAGGCACAGUUCCAAAUCAAAGACGUACACCUCAACUCAGAUGCAGCCAGCAACAAGCUGCAGGGCAGUAAUAUCUUCACCAUAGCCAAGAGGACAGUGGAUGCCCAAGACAUGCUCUACCAGUCCAUCAAACUCACCAAUGGCAUCUGGGUGCUGGCAGAAAUGCGUGUGCUAACUGGCAACCCCAACUAUACGCUGUCGAUAAAGUGCAGAGCGCCAGAGGUCUCUCAGUUUGUGUACCAGUGCUAUGAGUUGGUGCUGAAGAACUGAAGUAUGGGGGAAACCAGGAGGAUCUCCCAGAAGUUCUUUGGGUGACUGAAACCCAAAACUCGAUUGGACCAGAGGAAGACCCCCCCCACUGUCUUGCUUUCCCUCAGACUGUGCUUUCACAGCAUUGACUGAAUCCCAAGGAAUUUUUCCUCAUUAUUUUUGUCCAUUCCAAACAGCGUUCUUUAUCCGCUCAUCUUUCCAUUCUCAUGAUAUCUAAAAUGCAACACGAAUGAUAAAAAUAUCAACUUUAUUCCACAGAUGUUCUUCUCAGCAAAUCUCAUUGCCUGUACUGUAUGAUUGCUUUCCCGUGUGUUCGAGUAAUUGUUUUUUUCACCACUCAUUAUGGGCAAACGUGCGGAAGAUCUCGCUUUUUAAACCAUCCAGUGGCAGGAAGGGUUUGUUUACCACAGUUGAGAGAAACCUUUCAACACUGCUGUUUUUAAUUUAGUUUUCGUCAUCAGCAUUUUUGCGUGAACGUUCGAAGUUCAAGUCUUGAUUUAUAUCUUUUCUUCAGUUUUAGUAAUGCUCAUGUCUUUCCUCGAUAAUUUUGGUCUUUCCAUCAUUUCUUUGAAGGGAAUGCUGCGUGUUUAUGCAGAAGCACUACACCAUUGCUGAGUCUAACUUGUCUUUGCAUUCAGAAUCUCUAUAUUUGGUUAGGACUAAGAUUGCAGUCAUGUUUGGUUAUUACAGUUUAUUUUUAUUUUGGGGGUUAUUUUUAGUCACUACUGUGUGUCGUGUGCGGUGUACCAGUUUUGUGUGUGUGUGUGUGAGUGAGUUGGAGGUGUAACAUUCUGCAUGUUCUGUUCCCUCUUAUGGCAAUCUUCCCUGUCCUCCGUCAGUCUGUUUGUGUACACAUGCCCACAUAUCCUGGAGGUUGUUGAUUUAGUGUCUGCGCUUUUUGUUGCAAGCAAGAUAAACUGCUCAAUCUGUGAGGGAGACUACUCGGCUGUUCAGAUUAAUUUGCAGAAAGUGAUGGUUAUGGUUGGAAUAUCUCAGAUCACGCUGAAGAUGAUGCGUUUAAAGUCUCAUACUUGGCAAAACAACUUGCUCCACCAUUCCUAAUGGGACUUAUGAUGGGAGUUAUGGCUAAACCUUUAAGAACGUGUCAUUUUUGUUUUGUUUAGUUUUUUUAACAUGUUUGCAAUCAGGACAGACUAUCUCUCUCAAGAUAAAACAAAAAAACACCAGACUAAAUACUGCUGAACUGACACACAAAAUGCUCUAUGCGCUUAAAUAUUUUCAAGUAAUAUUGAUGAUUGUUUUUCUUUUAAUUAUAGUUUGGUGUUUGAUUCUGUUUGUGUGUGUGUGUGUGUUAUGUUCUAUGGGCUUAGUCAUGAGGGUGACUAAAAGGAGCUGUCCAGCAAAAAAAGUUGCUUUACAUUUUAUUCCGUUCUGUCAUGAAUGCAUCAUCUGUUAAUGAAAUUAAAAAAGUAUAUUACCCAUA